UUUGUUCUGUCCUCUCAGAAAAAGCAGUUCCACCCUUCCACACAGUCUUGCAACAUACUUUACACAUAUUCAUUGCAGUACUGUGCCGUCUGCAUUUCAAAGUAAUUCCUUCAAAGCAACUUAUGCAAGCCUGUAAAAUCGAAGAAGAUUUGAAUGGGGGCUUAUGAAAUGAGUCUUGCAUGAAGAAAAGGUCUGGAGAACUUGAAAGCUUGCAUACUUUUUAGACAUCUGAAAUUGUCAUAAUAAAGCCAUGGUGAAAAAAGUAGCCAUUGUUGGAGCCGGUGUGAGCGGACUGACCUCCAUUAAGUGCUGCCUGGAAGAGGGACUGGAGCCAACCUGUUUUGAGCAAAGUGAUGACAUAGGGGGAUUGUGGCGAUUCACAGACUAUGUUGAAGAUGGAAGACCUAGCGUGUACAAGUCAAUGGUUAGUAACACCUCUAAGGAGAUGUCUGCCUUCACAGAUUUUCCAUUUCCAGAAAACUUUCCAUCCUUUUUAUCCCACCACCAACUCCUGGAAUAUCUGAGGAUGUAUACAAAACAUUUUGAUCUCCAGAAAUACAUUCAAUUAAAGACAAAAGUGAUCAGCAUAAAGAAGUGUCCUCAUUUCUCUAACACUGGCCAGUGGGAAGUUGUUACGGAGGCCAAUGGGAAGCAGAACUCAACCAUUUUUGAUGCUGUGAUGGUUUGUGUGGGCUACCUUACUGAGCCUUUUUUGCCACUCAACAAUUACCCAGGUAUAUCUAUUUCCAAGCAUAUAUCUAAUUUGAAAUGCACAAUCAGGUACUCCAGGUUUAAUAUUUAUUUCAAAACACAUGGACAGAAUUCUUAAGAAGUGAUCAAUUGUCACUUUGCUGAACUUGUGUUCUCUAGACGUGCUUCAUGACUUUUGCCAUUAAUACAUCUGUUUUAUUUGUUAAAUUACAGGUUGCAAUACUUAAGGAAAUGACAAUAUAAUAUAUAGGUACAUACACACUUAAAUAUCUUUGUAAACAUGAUGAUGAUGAUGAUGAUGAUGAUGAUGAUGAUUUUAUCCUUUCAGUCAAGUCUGACUUGACAAUUCUAUGGGCCAGGUCUCUCCACAUCUUCCAAUCUUGCACUAUUUCUUUAUGUUUUUCUAUGCUCUGGCUGGUGUCAGCUUUAAUAGUGUCCAGCCACCAGGUUCUUUGUUUUGUUUUAUUUUUUUAAAUAAUUUUAUUGAUUUAUCAAAAUAUAAAAUACAAACAGAAAUGAAAAAAAGAAAAAGGCACCAACUUCCGACUCUCUUUAACACAGUAGAAGAUAACAUUAGUCACAACUUUUUGCUUUUACACAACAAUAUGUACAAACCAUUUCUAUAACAAUACACCUGUCUGAUUAACAAAAACAAAAUCAAGUUUUCAUUUUCUUUAUCAUUGUAAGCACAAAAUCUGGAAGCAAUUUCAAUAUAGAAGCUAACGUAAAUAUAUUCUCAUCUUUGGAUAAAAGGAUCAGUUUAACCAUCUCUACUUCACAUUGCUAUGGGAGAUAAUAUAUAUACUUCUAUUGACUCAUUAAUCUUUAUCCUGAUUCAUAUUAAAAGAAUCCUCAAUAAGGAUUCAAUUUUUUUUUAACCUUAAAGGGAGAAAACACUUCCCCUAGUGUUAGUUUUGCUAGCAUUAAGCAAUAUUCAAAUAAAAAAAAGCUUAUUUCAACAUGUAAAAAAAUAAGAAAAAAGUGAAGGAAACAAUUGGUCCAUUAGUGGGUGAAAGUAUUAGAAGGUAACUAGCAAUAGGGAGAAAGCAGAACUAUUUAACUCAUUUUUUGCAUCUGUCUUUACACAAGGGAAAAACCAACCUAUCAAAAAUAGUGCCAUAAAAAACAGUAUAGAAACACAAGUUAAGACAGACAAGAAGACGUUGAGGUGGUGCAGGGGAAAGAGGAUAGUCUCCGUCCUCUAACUCUGAUCUUUUCAAGUUUGGAGACCCUUCGGGGGCACAGAGAGUCUGGAGGGCUACGUGUGAAAAGGGUGAAGCCUUGGGGAGUAGUGAGGUGAGAGGCAAGCACCCACUACGAUGGAGGAAAACCCUUAAAUCCAACUUGAAAACUUCUGCUUUCAAUGGAUGGCGGAUCUGAGGCCUCGACUAACCACAGAGGAUGCGGAAGCAAGAUAUACUUAAUGGACUUGUCAUAGAGUGAGUUAAAAAUUUAUAAAAAUAUUCCAAAGUACUAGAAAAGUCUAAAAGAUUUACCUGUCUGUUGGUUCUGGUGUUGUAAAGAAGCUCAAUAGAAGAGGGAAUCCUCAGCACAAGUGGCAACCCGGCGGGAAGAGCUGUAAUUCAGCAUUAAAAUAGCCAGAGGUUUAACAGGAGUGAGAUAAAAAGAAAGAAAAGUUUUGUGGUAAAUGUUUUAGCACAGAACAAAGAAGGUGAAAGAUUGUGGAAGGAGAGAUUAGGAGACAAAAGAUGGAGACGGAGUAGAAGGCGAAGUGACUAGGAGGAGAGAAAUGAAAGAAGAUGAUUGGCAAGCUGACAGCCGAAACGGUGGUGAAAAUGGUGAUCUGAGAAGGACGGAAGAGCAGCGAGCUGUAGAAGAUUGUAGAAAGUGAGGUCGGAGGAGAAAGGAGGAAAGAAACGGGGAGAGGACGUGUUGCAGUGGCGAAAGUGAUAAGAACGGUUAGAAGGAGAGAAAUUGAUAGAGAGAAUGCGUGCCAAAUGCGGAGAAGCAGUACAUCGGGGAAGAUUGGAGAAUAGUGAAGUUGGAGCAGAAAGGAAGAGAAAGUUUGAAAAGUGAAGGAAUCAGCGAGAGGGCGUAAUACGGAAGUGAAAGUGACAGGAAUGGAUUGAAACUUGGAAUUCGAGAGAGAUCGGAGAAACAGCAUGUUAUAGAAGAUUGGAGAAAGCGAGGCUGGAAGAGAACAGAAGAAGUGAACCUGGAAGUGUGGAAAGUUUGGAAAGUGAAGGAGACGGCUAGAGGACGUGAUUGGGCGGUGAGAGACUAAUGGUUGAUGAUAUAAGUUGGGAGAAAAAAAAUGGAGUCCUAGAGAGAUUGGGUGUUAAAUAAAAAAGGGAAAAAGAAAGUGAAGAGGAUUAGGGAAGGAGAAGAGAGGACUAAAGUUAGAAAGCUUGCUGACUAAACAAAGAGACAUAAAGAAUAAAAAGUAUUUGAUAAAUAAGAUAUUAAGAUGACAACACUGAGAACAGGGAAAAAAACAAUGUCAAGUUUAGCACUGACACCUUCAUUUCCUCCUGGACAGAGAACAACAGAGGGAAUGUUGGGGACAGAGAAGCAAAAUGUACUAUCAAAUAUGCAAAGCAUGCAGACAACAUUAUUAACUAUUCAAGAAACAAUGUUAAAGAUGCAGGAGACAAUGUCAAAAAACCAUAUUGAAAUGAGAGGAGAUAUGAAUAAAUUAGAUAAUAAGAUUGAAACAAUACAACAAACAAUUGAGAAAAAUGAAGAAAGAAUAUUGACAGUAGAAGUAGGAUUGGAUAAAAUAGGGGAAAAAGUCGACAGUAGAUAAAAAAUUGACGGGAACUAACAAAAAAUUGGAAGAAUCGAUUAUACAUCUGGAAAUUGACAGGGCGGCGUUUUACUUAAGAUUUCAAAAUGUGGUGGAGGAUAAGGAAGAGGAUUUGGGCACCAUUAUGGUAGAGCUGAUAGCAGAAGCUCUACAAAGAGAUAACAAGAAAUAUUGCCAGAAAUAGAUGAGGUGUACCGAAUCCACACAAAUUAUGCACGAAGGAAUAAACUACCACAUGAGAUACAUAUAAGAUUCGCCAGAAAAAAAAUUAGAGACCUAAUACACAGGAUUACAAGGGAAGAUCCAAUAAUUUACAAAGGCAUAGAAAUUCAAACAUUAAAACAAAUUCCAAAGAAAGUGAGGGAACAGAGAAGAAACUACAGAUGUCUCAGUGCACAUAUCAUUAAAAAAAAACAUUCCAUUUAGAUGGUUAAUCCCCAAGGGGAUGCUGAUAACAUGGCAGGAGAGAAGGAUUAAAAUUGACAGCCUGGACAAGGCAAGAGAAUUUUAUGAACAACUAGAAGGGGAAGAAGAAGAGAAUAGUAGUAGGGAAGAAUUAGAAUUAGAAUCUAAAAGUCAGGAAGAUCAGCAACUAGAGUUAAAAGAGAGAGAGAAGGAGAUAGAAAGUAAGGAGGUAAAAAGACAAAGGAAAGAAAGAGGAACAGGUUUGAGAGCAAGACAAACUGAGAAGUAAAAUAAUGGAUGAGAAAAUUAAAUUAGUAUCAAUUAACGUCAAUGGCCUAAAUGCACCAGCUAAAAGAAAACAAAUAUUAACUAAAUUAGUCAAACAAGGUGUAGACAUAGUAUGUCUACAAGAAGUACAGACAAAAAAGCAACACAGAAAAUAUUUGGAAUUUCCAAAAUUAGGAGAAUUAUAUACAUCACUAAUGGAACAAAAACAGAGAGGAAUAGCAGUUUAUAUUAGAAAAGGAAUUAGAGCCAACUUAAAAUAUCAAGAUACAGAGGAAAGGGUAUUAAUAAUAGAACUAAAAAUGGAACAGAAAUCAUGGUUAUUGGUGACAAUUUAUGCUCCAAAUGAAAAUCAAAAAGAAUUUUAUAAAGAUCUACACAAAAAACUUAUAGAAAUUGGACAAGGAAACAUCUGUAUAAUAGGAGAUUAUAAUGUGAUAGUGGAUGUAAAAAUGGAUUAUAUUAUCAAUAUGAAAAAUAAAAAGAAGCGGAAAACACUACCAAAAACAUUUUUUGAGAUGGCACAUGAAUUUAAUUUAUUUGACCAAUGGAGGAAACAGAAUCCCAUAAAAAAGGAAUAUACUUUUUUUUCAAAUCCACACAAAUCAUGGUCUAGGUUGGAUAUGGCAUGGAUGAACGGGGAAAUAGGACAAGAAGUGGAGACAAUAGAAAUAAUGCCAAAUAUAUGGGCAGAUCAUAAUCCUUUGAAAAUAGUGUGGACAGGUCAGAAAAAAGCAAAGAGAAGAUGGACACUUAAUACCCAAAUUUUAAAGGAAAGAAAAUUCACUGUAAGGAUUAAAAAAGAAAUGGAAAUAUUUUUUAAAGAGAAUACAAAAUAACAAGCAUCAUUACAAAUUAUAUGGGAUACUGCCAAAGCAUAACUGAGAGGUAUAGCAGUAGCAUGUACACCUAGGAAAAAUAAGGUGAAAAGGCAGACACAAAAUAUACUUCUGGAAAAGAUUAAAAAAUUAGAAUCCAAAUUACAACGGGAGCCACAAGAUGAAAUGAUUCAAGUGGAAAUGACUCUGGCUAAACAUAAAUUAAAUAUAGUAGAACAAGAGGAAUUGGCAAGAGAACUGAAAGUAACUAAACAAAAAUUUUUUGAACAUGCAAAUAAACCUGAGAGGUGGCUUUCUUACAAAUUAAAAAAAGAGAAGGAAAAAAGAUUUAUUCAGGAACUACAGGACAAAAAUGGAGAGUUGCAAUAUAAAAUAGAUGAAAAGAAAAAAAUAAUUCAGAAAUACUUUGAGUUUCUAUAUAAAAAAGAGGAAAAGAGGAGGAGAAUAUAAAACAAUAUCUAAAGGCCAAUGGUCUCCCGGAAUUAAAAGAAGGACACAGAGAAUUAUUGAAUAAAAAAAUAACAGCAAUGGAACUAAGAAUGGCAGUACAAAAACAAAAAAAUAAUAAAGCCCUGGGGCCAGAUGGUCUACCAGGGGAAGUAUAUAAGACUCUUUAUGAAGACCUGGAAAUGAUAGUAUUAGAUGUAUAUAAUGAUGUAUUGGAGAAAGCCAAAUUACCAGACUCCUGGACAGAAGCCAACAUAACUCUUAUUCCAAAAGAAGAUACGGAUCCUAAACAAAUAAAAAAUUAUAGACCAAUUUCGUUGUUGAAUUCGGAUUAUAAAAUUUUUACUACAAUAAUUGCGGAACGACUAAAAAUAAUACUAAAUCAAAUAAUACAUUUGGAUCAAAAUGGUUUUUUAUCUACCAGACAAAUUGGGAACAACACGAGAAUGGUGUUAAAUGUCCUGGAAUAUUAUGAAGCAUACCCCAAAAAACAGGUUGCAUUAGUAUUUUUAGAUGCUCAGAAGGCAUUUGAUAAACUUAAUUGGCAAUUUAUGUUCCAACAGAUAGAAGAUAUGAAAUUUGGAGAGAAGUUUGAACAAAUGAUAAAGUCAAUAUACAAAAUACAAAAGGCUAGAGUAAUAAUAAAUGGGGAGAAUACAGAGAAGGUAGAAAUUAAUAAAGGAGUAAGACAGGGAUGUCCAAUGUCACCUCUACUUUUUAUUCUAAUGUUAGAAGUGCUAUUAACUCAAAUUAGAAACAACAAAGAGAUAAAAGGACUAAAGGUUAAAACAGAUGAAUACAAGACACAGGCAUCUGCAGACGAUUUGGUGUUUUUUAUAGAGGAACCAUUAAAAAGAGGUAAUAUUCUAAUGAAUGAAAUAGAAAAAUAUGGAAUGGUGGCAGGACUAAAAA